AUGUUCAGCCUCUUUGCUCACAGGAUUUCUCUGAUAGUGAUCUUUUCGCUGAUAUUUUGCAUCACAGGAAAGCCCUGGAAUAAACCUCCAGACAAGGCAUUCCAGAAAACUGUUUUGUCAAUAGAUGACCAAGGAAAGUUGUCCUGGGAAGUAGCGGUGGAGGCCCCAGAGGACACCGACAAAACUCAAUUUGUGUUCGACCCCAGCGGGGAGAUGUGGAAGACAAUGGCAGGUUAUGGACAGCCCCUAAAGGCUGAGGAAGACUUGGACGAGCUGUAUCAUCCCUCACUGGCUGAUCUCCAAGUUCAAAUUCAAAAUCUGGACCCUGCCUCCGACUUCCUAGGAGAGCUGCCAAGCGACAAUGCAAACAUGCCGUACAGGCAGGAACCAGAAGAAGAUAGAGAUGAGAUUGACCACCCUGUUUUCAAAGAUGUGGCUGGAUAUUUGAUCCCACUUGUGGCUGAAAACAUAGCUGAAACAGAUCAGCUGGAGAAGGAUGAGGACCACAUUUCACCUGUGGCGACUGAGCUGGAGCCAGAGGAGGACCUGGAUGAGCUCUACCACAAAGAACUCCCUGCGCCAGCCCUUCACCAAGAAGAGCCGAACGCUGCCGCCGUUGUGCCGUUUCAGGGGAAGUACAGUGAGCCAGAGGAAGAUAUGGAUGACCUCUACCACCAGUAA